GGGGAGGUCUCUAGACACCACCAAGGGCUGACUUGUCUCUGCUGAUACUUCAUUUGUCCAUGAACCUGGGUGUCUUUAGUGUAGCAGGAGCAAUGGUAGAGGCAGUCCUGAGACGUGGGAUAUACUUGCUGUUUAGUCCUGUCCCUGGAGCAGUUCCAGCAGGGCCAGGGCAACCAGAUGGUGUUCUUCUGGGACCAGACCCGUGAUCAGAAAUGCUGUCACCCAGCAGCUUGUGCUUGCAAAGCGUCUCAUCUAGGAGCAGAUUGGGCAGAAGAUCAAGUGGUGGCUCCUUUAGGAUGCUCCUGCCUCCAUACAGCUCUGGUUCCUGGAGCUGCUGGGUCAGUCUCCCUGUGCCCCAGCACUAACUACUUGGCUCUGGGGUCCGGGCAGUGGCAAGGGAAGAUAGGCUGAGCCGACCUUUCUUCCUUACUUGUUUCUGGCUUCACGGACCGCUGUGGUCUCCUUCUUCCCUGCAGGACUGCGUUUUCUUGGAGGGGUUUGUCUCCUUUGGUUCUUAUAUGUUUUAAGAUAUUUUUAGUUGUGCUUCAGGCUUUCACACAGAGGAUCUUUAAGACUGGAACUAGUGACAAUGUGGUCUGUAGGCAUCUGGUAAGGAGGGGUGGGUGCAAUGGCCAAAUACUGUUUGAGGGAGAGAGAAACCAUGAGAAAGAGGGCUCCAGGUGGGGCUUGGGGAGCAGCCAACAUGUUUUGUGAGAUAAAGAGGGUCUGCCCGUGUGGGGUGUGCAGAUAGGGAAAGGAGGGGUCACGGGCAGUGGGAGAAAUGAGCAAGACCCAGCCCUUUGCUUGUGCUUGAGGCUGAAGGGUGGCUGCAAAAUUUGGGAGCAGGGUUGGGGCUACCCCCGAGCCAGAGGGGCUGGGGUGGCCUUUCCCACCUCUUGGGCCCCAGGGGUGAGCGGACGGGGGGCGCACGGGAGCGGGGGGCUCGCUCCCUCGGCAGCCUGCCCGUCAUCCCAGGAGCCCCUCGUGAAAAAGCCACGCGCAGAAGCGAUCGCCAGCCGUGGGGCUGGAGCUGGGGAGUGCAGCAGCUGCCAGGUUAAAAGGAGGCCACAGGCAGAUUUCUGUUCUAGUUUUGCAGUUACUGGAGAAAGGGGUUUUUUUUCGCUCUGCAGAAGGAAACUCUAGGGAUGGCUGUGGGGCGAGGGAUGAAAUGAGGUAUUUUGAGGAUAGUGUUUCGUUCGUUAUUACGCUGUUUGUGAGUCUCUUGUGAUUUGGAGCUACCUUGUCACAUAUUCAUUAAAAAUCUGAUGCAUCUGUUUAAAUUUGAUACGGAAUUUAAGGAGGAUGAAGGAUAAAAUUUUCAUAAAACCUGAGGUCUUGAGAAUCAUUCUGCCUGGGAAGAGAGUUGUGUAGGGCAGAGAUGUGUGUGCUGGAGCAGAUUAUCUCGCUGUGCUGCCUGCUGCCUCCAUAGUGUGACCCACUCUCUUGACCUGUGUUCAAGCAUGUAUCACAGUUGCAUACUCUGUAAUCUCAGGAGCCUUCCCGGUCCUGACAGAGCCCCGUGAGCUAAUUGGGUGCUCACGUGUGAGUUAAUUGGGUGCUCAUGCGUGAAUGCCGUAAACCCUGCACUUUAUGCCUGAUACACCACUUCAUGUGUCUGAUUAGACUCUCUCUAAUAGAUUCAGCCUAUGGGCAGUCCACAUCCCGUCCUCCCAUCAGUGCACAACUAUGGGAUCCUCCCAGAAAGAGCACGCUUCAGUUUGGAUCCCAGCUUGCUGCUGGAUCUCCUCUUGAUGAGGUACAUUAGCUCUUUUAGCCAGGCUGCUGGAAGGUCCUGGCUUACGUCAUUUUCCACCUCAGAGCUCAUUCUGUUCCCCCUUUAGCCCCAAGACGGUGUCCACCCUUCUUGGUUAAAGUAACGGUCAUUUCAUGUCCUUGUAUAUGCACGUGCCUCUGUUAGACUGGGAGUCACUUCUUACAGUACUGGUUAAUAAACAACUCUUAUCUCAGUGACGGUUAAACUAUUCCUCUCCCUUUGGUAUUUUAUCAGAUGCUAUGUUCUGUAUGUUUGCCUAGCUCAGCACUCUACUGUACAUUUUAGUGAGAUGUGAUGGUGAUUGAUCCCUUAACCACAUGCAGAAUUUAUUUAUUAGUUUCUUAAGCUGGGUUUUUGGUGGGAGGAUGUAGCAGCCGGGCAGGUAUUUAUUUUGGAUGACUGGUAAGGACCCAAGUUCUCAUUGCUCAUGUAAACGCUUAAGAAAUUAAAAAUUUAACCAGGUGCUUUGCCAUCAUGUAGAAGCUGAAGAAAGGCUUUAAUACUUGACAGUGAGAGACUAUAGCUCUGUCACCUUGGAAGCUGUAAUGUGACUUCCUGCUAUAACAUGUUUCAUUAUGAACAUUUUGUGAUGGGGGGGAGAGAAUGAAGCCUGGGGGCAAAACUGAGACGGGGGCUUCCCCAGAGGAUGCAUUACCCGGAAAGCAGCUAAGGAAGGAUCUCGUGUUAGUGCAGCUGCUGGUUUCUGACCCGAGAGCUGCUGCCGGCGAGCAGCUGACAGGAGGGAGGAGAUGAGCCUUUCGCUCUGAAGGGGUUGGUGUGUCAGGUUUCCAUGCAGAGCACGUGUGGAUAAUGCGAGCUGCAAACGCUGCUGCCUGCUCCAGCCACCGGUACAGAGCGAGCCAGGAGCAUGGGGCAGGUGGCUUGGAAGGGUUUAUUUCUAUCGCUUUUUGAUUAUAAAACGGAGAAAUACGUCAUUGCAAAGAACAAGAAGGUGGGGAUUCUCUAUCGAGUGGUGCAGCUCUCCAUCCUGGCUUACCUGGUGGGGUGGGUGUUUGUUGUCAAGAAAGGCUAUCAGGACACAGACACAUCCCUCCAGAGCUCUGUCAUCACCAAGCUGAAAGGAGUAGCUUUCACCAACACUUCGGAGCUGGGGGAGAGGCUGUGGGAUGUUGCAGACUACGUCAUCCCUCCACAGGGUGAAAACGUCUUCUUUGUCAUGACGAAUCUGAUUGUGACCCCAAACCAGAGGCAAGCCACAUGUCCUGAGGUAGGAAGAACUGAGCCCCUUGGCCCCCAGACCCCUACAAAACUGGGGAGUGGCAGCAUUCCCGAUGCCCUGUGUUACAAGGAUGGGGACUGCCUGGCAGGGGAAGCAGUGGUGGCUGGCAAUGGGGUUAAGACUGGCCGUUGUUCGAAAGACAGGGACAGCAUCGGAGGGACUUGUGAGAUACUGGCCUGGUGCCCAGUGGAGAAAAGAUCCAAGCCCAAGAAACCACUUCUCGCCAGUGCAGAAAACUUCACUGUUUACAUCAAGAACUCGAUCCGCUUCCCCAAGUUUAAGUUCUCCAAGAUGAAUGUGCUGGCAACCGACAAUGAGUCCUACCUGAAGACCUGCCGCUACAGCACGGAGCAUCCCUACUGCCCCAUCUUCCUCCUGGGGAACAUUGUCCGAUGGGCUGGGAGCGACUUCCAGGAAAUGGCCUCGGAGGGUGGUGUGAUAGGAAUUCAGAUUGAAUGGAACUGUGAUCUUGAUAAAGCCCCUUCUGAAUGUAAUCCUCACUAUUCUUUUAGCCGGCUGGAUAACAAGUUUGCAGAAAAGUCCAUCUCUUCUGGGUACAACUUCAGGUUUGCCAAAUAUUACCGGGAUGCUGAGGGGGUCGACUACCGGACGCUCAUUAAAGCGUAUGGAAUCCGCUUUGAUGUGAUGGUGAAUGGCAAGGCAGGGAAAUUUAACAUCAUUCCCACCAUUAUCAAUAUCGGUUCGGGGCUUGCUCUCAUGGGAGCGGGAGCUUUCUUUUGUGACCUGGUGCUGCUGUAUCUGAUUAAAAAGAGUAAUUUCUAUCGAGGCAAAAAAUAUGAGGAAGUAAAGUCCAGUUCCAGGAAAUCAUUAUCUAGCCCUACGCUGAAUGGGAAUCAGAGCCCUGACCAGCUCGGUGGGCUCUAGGCACAGCGAUGGGUCUGCCAGCUGGACUCAUGUUCCAGGAAAACCACGCAGGUGUGAAAUCACACCCAGACUGGGAGGUGGAGACACCCCAGAUCAGGUCUACUGUCUAUUAUUGGGAUUUCCAGAGGGAAAAAAAAAGUCCUUUAAAGAACACCCUUCUUACCCUGAGAUGUUCUCUGGUAUCCUGAGCUUGCAACAGUGUGUCAUCGUUAUGGAUUUAUAAAAGGAUUUUUAUAAAAGGAAAAAGAAGGCACCAAACAAAAGUUUUAGUAUCUGUUGAUAAAUAUAUCUGUACCUACGUCAGUAGCCAGUGUUAUCCCGUGGCUGUGCUUUGCUUCCAUGUGCAAAAGAGCAGUGAUGUGAAACACCACUGGCACUUUGAGGAGGGCUGAGGCCCUGAUUCAACUCGUCUCCUGCUCGACUGGCUUGCAGCCACCGCUUCCAACUCUCGCUUGUGUUAGAUGUAAAGCAGCAGGACUGCUCUUGUCGGGAAGUGCAAUGAAAUGCAGCAUUUCAGCAGCUCUCUGAGCCUGAGGGAAAGGGACUUGUUAUCCUACAACGCCCGUGCUGACUGGGCCUGUGUCACAGUGGGGGCAAUUACUCUUACUGCAGUGUGUGAGUAAGCAUUAGGGCCAGAAACGGUGCUCAUCCAGGAAAAGCCUUCGCAACAGCCGCAACAAGGUGCUCUGCUCGUCUCAGGAACAGCAGGAGAAGGUCCUGCGCAGCUCUGAACGGGGAAUCAGUUCAGCCACGGCUGGGUCCCAGCUACCUCACUGCUACCCACCAUCUCCGUUUGUAGUUGGCCCAGAGAACCGACAUUUCAGAGCACGGAACAGGUAACAGCAGGCAGAGGAGUAUUUUGAGGCAAGGCAGGGAUAGAUGGUUUUGUGGUUCAUAGUGGGGGGGUGGAGAAAGGGGGUUAGCGCACUGGAAAGCAACG